CUUUGAUAUUAAAAUGGCGGAUGUCUCAAGCAAUGAACGAAAAAUAAAGUUAACUAAAAAUGGCAAAGUUGUGAAAAGACGAACUCGAAACCCAGAAGAAUGGCACAAACAAAAACAAAAGCGGCUGAGAAUUGCUGGACUGGAAUACAUAAACGCAAAUGGGAAAGUAGUCCCACCGAAGCAACCCGGUCCUGACUGCAAUUGCCGCCGUAAAUGUUUUCAGAAAGUUCCUGAAGAUGUGAGACUCAAGACUUUUCAAGGAUUCUAUUCAAUGAAAACUCACGAUGAACAAAAUGCUUACCUGUUUGGUCUCAUGAGACAGGUAGAUGUCAAACGAAAAAAGGUCAAAUCCAGCAGUAGACGCACUUGCACAUUUGAAUACUUUGUAAGAGUUAAAGGGAGAGAAACUCAAGUUUGCCAGACAGCUUUUAAAAAUAUACAUGCCAUAACAGAAAGGAAAGUCAGGGUGCUGUGUAAAAAAAUGGAUGACGGUGUAAUGUUUCCAAGUGACAAUCGUGGAAAAAAUAGUCAUAGGAGAUCUGGUGAAGUGCGUCUUCCAACAAAUGUAAUAGAUCAAAUUAAAAACCAUAUUUACUCAAUUGUUCAUACUCACAGAUUAAAAGAUUUUAUAAGACUUGAUAAAAUUGCCGGAUUAGAAAUUAACAUAUCUAAGAUGUGGAAAGAUUAUAUAAAGACUUAUGAUCCAGACAACAUAUCAGCUACAAUGCCUAAAUCUAAGCGGCAUUUAGAUCUUGAAUUACCGAGUGAACAAAAUCAACAAACUCAACAUCCACAACCACAGGAUUCUUUCACUCCUAUUACAUAUCCAGGAAGUGGACAUCUCGUCAAUAUAGCAGAGAAUUACUUUGAAAAUCAGUAUCAGACUGCUUUAGCCACAACAACCAAUUCAACAAACUUUUAUCCCACACAAAAUGGACCACAAAGCAUGGGAAUACUCUUACAGUCUACUGUCACUAGGGCAACACAACCCACAGCAUUUAUCUUAUUACAGACAAAACCAGAACCUCAGCAAGAAAAUACAUUAGCUAUUACCAACGCAGCAUAUAGUCAAGAAGCUGAAGUUCAUGAUAGUAAUGAGAAAAAUAGUAAGAAACUAAAAAAAGAAAGAAGAAAUGGACCUCUAGUGAAGCAGUGGAGGUACACAAACAUAUUCCACGACGAAAUCAAUGGUGCUGCUUUAGCAGCAAUUAAAACUAGACUUGGUAUGUAUUAUGCUGAAAGUGAUGCUGUCAGAAAAAAGGCAAAGCAGGCUCGAUCACAGGAGACAAUGCAGACUCAAACAACAAAUGAACAAACACAAAUAAGAACUGAACUAGCUUCUAUUAGACCUCCAUAUCAACCAAUUAGACCACAUACUGUAACAAUUUGUACAUAAUAUUAAUAACAUAUUAUUUGACUGAUAACUGAAUGGAAUAAGAAUUACUCGGAUCAAAUUUGAUCUUGGUUAAGUUAUCCAACUGUAUUUUAGGAGUUCUUAGACUCGCAUACUCGCACUGUUUUAUAAUAUGUAAGAGAAAGGAUAUUUACCAUUACUUGUUUUGUAUCCAAUGUUACACUAUUGCAAGCUCAGUGAUCACAUAUUAUCUAAUUUACAUUUAAAUCAAAGUCUUAGUAGGUAGUUGGUUUAAUAUUUCCAAUCGAGAAGCAUUUAUAUUACUCAUCAAGUAGAAUAUCUUUAUUUUAGUAAUGGUUAUUUAUAUGCAUGUAAGUAGUUGUAAGAGUAUUAAGAAAAUGAUAACUAGUGUAUACUUUCUAUAAACAUAACAAAUCUGCAAUAAUUAUUUAGUACCUUGUGUGUGUAAUAUUAUAAUCAUAAUAUUGCCUAAUUAUGAUCGACGAACUGUAAUUAAAUUGCCUAAUCUAAGAUUGACAAA